AUGAUUUGCUUGUGGUUCCUAUCUCUCUUUGCUUACGGCCUUACAGUGCUGCAGGGGGUAAAUUGUUGGACAUACCAUUAUUCAGACACAAACAUGACCUACAGAGAUGCGGAGCUGUGGUGCAAAACCAGGUAUACUAACAUGGUUGCCAUUCAGAAUAAGGAGGAAAUCAACUAUCUCAAUGACAAUUUACCCUUCAAUCCGGGUUACUACUGGAUUGGAAUCAGAAAAAUUAAUGACGUGUGGACCUGGGUUGGAACUAACAAAGAACUGACAGAAGAGGCAAAAAACUGGGCUUCUGGUGAGCCGAAUGGCAAAGGGAACAACGAGGACUGCGUUGAAAUCUACAUCAAAAGAGGGAAGGAUGACGGCAAAUGGAACGAUGAACAGUGUGAGAAAAAGAAGGUUGCUUUGUGCUAUACAGCUUCUUGCAACCCAUCUCUUUGCAGUGGCCAUGGAGAAUGCAUAGAGACUAUUAACAACCACACCUGCCGUUGUAACCCUGGAUUCUAUGGGCCUGAAUGCGAGUUUGUUGUGAGCUGUGAUCCACUAAAGGAACCUGGUCAUGGGACCCUCGAAUGCAACCAUCCACUGAAGAAGUUUGGCUACAACUCAUCCUGCACAGUUUGGUGUGAGGAAGGCUAUGAACCGAGUGCAUCGGAGUCUGUACACUGUAACUCUUCUGGGUUCUGGUCUGCCACUGUUCCAGCAUGCAAAG